CGGCGCGCUCCGCGCAUGCCCGCUAGGCAGCGGCCGCGGCUUCGGCGCCCGCGCAGGGUCGCGAAGUGCCGGCUGCUCAGCUACCGUCCGGCAUGAAGGGCUGGGGUCUCGCAGCUGCCUCCCCCUCGUCCCAGCGCCAUGGAAUGCCUGCGGAGCCUGGCCCAGCUCCUGCCCCGCGCGGUGGGGCUGCCCCGGCGCACCCUCUGCGCUCUGGCCUUGGGCCUGACGCCAGGGACUCGCUCGGUUGCCGCCUGCGGCCGCGCCGCCGAACUGCUUGGAAGGAGGUGGGCUGCGCAGCUGGGCGGACCCCGCCGGCUCCCCGCGGCAGGUGAAAUUCACCGGUUUAGAACUUCUGAUGUCUCUCAAGCCACUUUAGCCAGUGUAGCCCCGGUGUUUAGUGUGACAAAAUUUGACAAAGGGGGAAAGGUUACAUCUUUUGAAAGGAAGAAAACUGACUUAUAUCAAGAAUUAGGUCUUCAAGCCAGAGAUCUGAGAUUUCAGCAUUUGAUGAGCAUCACAACCAGAAACAACAGGAUUAUCCUGAGGAUGGAGUAUUUGAAAGCUGUGAUAACUCCAGAGUGUCUUCUGAUAUUAGAUUAUCGUAAUUUAAAUUUAGAGCAGUGGCUGUUCCGGGAGCUCCCUUCACAGUUGGCUGGAGAGGGUCAACUUGUCACAUACCCUUUACCUUUUGAAUUUAGAGCUAUAGAAGCACUCCUGCAAUAUCGGAUCAACACCCUUCAGGGGAAACUUAGCAUUUUGCAACCAGUGAUCCUUGAGACAUUGGAAGCUUUAGUGGAUCCCAGACAUUCUUCUGUAGACAGAAGCAAACUGCACAUCUUACUACAAAAUGGCAAAAGCCUGUCAGAGUUAGAAACAGAUAUUAAAAUCUUCAAAGAGUCCAUUUUGGAGCUCUUGGAUGAAGAAGAAUUGCUGGAAGAGCUCUGUCUGACAAAGUGGAGUGACCCACAGGUCUUUGAAAAGAGCAGUGCUGGGAUUGACCAUGCAGAAGAGAUGGAGUUGCUGUUGGAAAACUACUACCGAUUAGCUGAGGAUCUUUCCAAUGCAGCUCGGGAACUUAGGGCACUGAUUGAUGAUUCACAGAGUAUCAUAUUCAUCAACCUGGACAGCCAUCGAAAUGUGAUGAUGAGGUUGAACCUACAGUUGACCAUGGGAACAUUCUCUCUUUCGCUCUUUGGACUAAUGGGAGUUGCAUUUGGAAUGAAUUUGGAAUCUUCCCUCGAGGAGGUCUCAACUUAUGUUUUACUUCCAAGGAGGCUCUUCACUGACUGCACCCCCAGCCCAGUAAAAAUUACUCCUCUGGUUAUAUGUGCCCAAAUAAUCCCACAUUUCCCAUUUACUGUGUCCCUCAAGUUUGCAGCUGCUGUUCAGAGUCUGCAAAAGAUCAUAAGCUCCCUGAAGCAAGUCAGCGUUAGUCAUUUUAAUGCUGCAUAUAAGAUGUGAAAUAAAAAUAAAUGCAACACAUUUGUUCAUUCAUCUUGCAGAUAUGGUUUUUGGUGCCUGUUACACACUGAACACUAGCUUUUAGCUGUGGGGAUGUAGCAGUGAGUCCCUGCUUUUGUGGAGAUCCCAUUACAGUGGGCAGGGGAGAGAAUAAACAGAUCCAUGGUAUGUUAGAUGGUAAGUGCCAAAAAGAGAAAUAAAGCCAGGUAAAUGGAUAGAGACUUUAGCAGGUGGCGAAACAAGGGGCAUCUUAGAGAUGGGGUGGUCGAGGAAUGUCUUUCUGAGAAGGUGACCCUAGAGUAGAGACCUGAAUGAAAAGAGAAAGUGGGAAGACCUGGGGGGGAAGGUGAUCUAAUCAGAGGGCACCACACGUGAGACUGAGGCAGGGAUGCGCUGAGCUUGUCGAAGCAGCAGCAGGAAGGCCAGAGUGGUUAGAGGAGGCGCAUCAAGUGGAGAAUGGAGGGGAAAAGCUCAGAGAACGGAGUGGGAGAGAAUGUUGAUUUUGUGGAGCAUGGUAGGGUUUGGGCUUAUUCUAAGUGUGAUAGGAAUCUCUUGGAGGCUUUUGAGCCCAAAUCUAGUAGAAAGUCCAGUAGUUGCCAAAAUAUUUUGUGUGACAUAGACCAACCCUAGACAUUCUCAGAAGGUACUUCCAAAGACCUUUGCAAAUUCCCCAAUUUGUGACUGCAGAACUCUGUAUGAGCUUCUGUCAUUCUCCCAAAUCAUUUUUGUUAAGAAUUGUUUUUAUGUACAUAUACUCACUCUACAAGCUAACUCUUAUACUUACUGUAAUAUUUUUCUCUAAAUGCCUUUUUUUUUAAUUAAAGAAUUUUUAGCAAUUCCUUUCUGGUAGUUUCAGCAUAUACAGUCCUGUUUGUAAUGAGAUUGGAGUAGAAAGUAGUGAGCUAGGCCUGCCCCCACACAGCAAGAUUCAGACCAGUGUCUCACUAGAGUUACGAAUUACAUCUCCAGGUUGCCUGGAGAAAAGUUGAAACAUGCUUAUUAAAGCUAUGAAUAUAAGAGGUUUCUCUGUUCUUGUAUAGUCAGGAUUAAUAUGUACAAUGGUGAAUCCAAGAUAGGAAAAACAUUUUUUUUUUUAAGAUAAUACCAGACUGUUUCAAGAAUAGUCAAAGAAUUCGCAUACAGCUGUUACCCAGGUUCUUCAAACAGCAACAUUUUAUCACAUUUACUCUAUCAUUCUAUCAAUAUAUAUACUUUUUCUAAAUCAUUUGAGAGUAAACAACAAAUGUGAUGCUUCUUUACAUCUAGAUAUAUCAGUAUGUAUUUCCUAAAAACACGGACAUUCUCUUACAUAACCAUAGCUUAGUUGUCAAAAUCAGAAAAUUAACACUGAAACAAUACUAUUUUCUGAUCUGUGGACCCUGGUCCGGUUUCACCACUUGGCUCAGCAGAGCUCUAGAAAAGAUUUCCAUAGAAGAUCUUGGAUAAUGUGUUGCAUUUAGUUGUCAUGUGUCCUUAGACUCCUUUAAUCGGUCUUUGUCUUUCAUGACCUUGAUGUUCGCAAAGAAUGUAGGUCAGUUGUUUGGCCCUUGAUACUCUGUCUUCAUUUUUAGAUUCUGGUUAUGCUGUUGUGUCAGUGUGUUCUUCACAUUGAAUUCCAUCAGGAGACCCUUAAUGUCAGUUUGUUUCAUUACAGGUGGUGGUAACUGAUCAUUUGGUUAAGGUGGUAUCUGCCCACUUUCUCUUCUGUAAAGUUACUCUUUUCCUCUGUGGAAUUAAGUAUCUUAUAAAAACUCUGCUAUUCAUCAAAUUUGUACCCUCUAGUGGUUUUUUUUUUUUUUUCUUUUAAUUGAAGUGUAGUUGAUUUACAAUAUUGUGUUAAUUUCUGCUGUACAGUAAAGUCAUUCAGUUAUACAUAUAUACAUUUUUUAAUAUUCUUUUCCGUUAUGGUUUAUCAUAGGAUAUUGAAUAUAGUUCCCUGUGCUCUACAGUAGGAGCUUGUUAUCCAUUCUAUAUGUAACAGUUUGUAUCUGCUAACCCCAUCCUCCUACUCCAUCCCUUCCCCUUGGCAACCACAAGUCUGUUCUCUUUGUGAGUCUGUUUCUGUUUUAUAGAUAGGUUCAUUUGUGCAUAUUUUAGAUUCCACAUAUAAGUGGUGUCAUAUGGUAUUUCUUUCUCAUUCUGACUUCACUUAGUGUGAUAACCUCUAGGUCCAUCCAUAUUGCUGCAAAUGGCAUUAUUUCAUUCUUUUUGAUGGCUGAGUGAUACUCCAUUGUAUAUAUGUACCAUAUCUUCUUUAUCCAUUCAUCUGCCAGUGGACAUUUAGUUUGUUUUCAUGUCUUGGCUAUUGUGAGUAGUGCUACUAUGAACAUAAGGGUGUAUCUUGAAUUAUAGUUUUGUCUGGAUAUGUGCCCAGGAGUGGGAUUGCUGGAUUAUAUGAUAAUUCUAUUUUUAGUUUUCUGAGGAACCUCCAUACUGUUUUUCAUAGUGGCUGCACCAACUUACUUUCCCACCAACAGUGUAGGAGGGUUCCCUUUUCUCCACACCCUCUCCAGCAUUUGUUAUUUGUAGAAUUUUUAAUGAUGGCCAUUCUGACCUAUUUGAGGUGGUACCUCAUUGUAGUUUUGAUUUGCAUUUCUCUAAUAAUUUGCAUCCUCUAGUUUUAGCAUCUGCUAACUGAUCCAAAAUUGAUUCAUGCCUGAAUCAAAUACUACAGUGAUGACUGUCACAUGGUGAUCUUUAAUUCCAUCACCCCUCCUACUUUUAUUGUUUGUAAAGUAGAGCCUUCCAUCUCUCCCAGUUGUUUAUUCAUUUGUAUCGGUAUGGAUUAACAGGCUCUUACUUUAGUCAGUGAGUUAUAAUCUGUCACUACCCUCAUUGUUUAUCUUGAUGUUCAAAUUAUUCUUUUCAUGCUUGCUUCUGAGUACUGUUGACACAUCCCCAUCAAUUUUAGUGCUUUUUUAGCCUCUGGCACAUCAAGAUGUUCUAGGCAUCUUAUUUUUAAGGAGUAGAUAGACUGAACAGUGGCAGAGACGAAGAGUUUGAAAGGUAGGUAUUUAAACAUACAAUACUGCAGGGCACACCCAAAGCGGAGGGGGCAUUAAAAAACACAACUUUCAGGCACUUAUCCCUUCCCUUAAUCUCCUAGAACAAGGGUCCCCAGUCCCCAAGCCACAGACUGGUACUGUCCGUGGCCCGUUAGGAGCUGGACUGCACAGCAGAUGGUGAGUGUCUGGUGAGUGAGCAAAGCUUUAACUGCAUUUACAGCCGCUCCCCAUUGCUCACAUUACUGCCUGAGCUCCGCCUCCUGUCAGAUCAGCAGCAGCAUUAGAUUCUCAUAGAAACGCGAACCCUACUGUGAGCUGUGCAUGUGAGGGAUCUAGGUUGCCUGCCCCUUAUGAAAAUCUGAUCUCUGAUGAUCUGAGGUGGAGCUGGGGCAGUGAUGCUAGCGCUGGGGAGUGGCUGCAGAUACAGAUUAUCGUUCGCAGAGAGGUCUGACUGCACAGCAACCAUAAUAAAUCAGUUGCUUGCAGAUUCAUAUCAAAACCCUAUCAGUGAGUGGAAAGUAACAAGCUGCAUCUGGUGGCAGGCUUUAUAGUGGCAAGUGAGUUGAUGUACUUCAGUUGUACAGCUGCAUCUGGUGGCAGGCUCUGUGUCAGAAUCUGACACUUAUUUUUGUGCACACGUGGCCCGCCCAUUAUUUUAUUCACCACUUCCAUCCAUGCCCCUUUCUGUGGGAGCACUGCACACCCGUCUCAGACAGUUUUGGUAAGCGCACAAGCUAACCCUAGCCAAAAUAAGUAAAAAACAAACGUUGGAGAACUUCUUUGAAAAGGGGGAAAGACCCAAUGAUGAAACAGCAGAAGACUCUAAGACCACCAACAAAAAGAAAGCUGCAUUUAAAAGAAAAUACCAAGAGUCCUGCUUAAAUUACGGGUUCAUUGCAUCAGGUGAUUCACAUUCUCCAAGCCUGCUUUGUAUAAUAUGUGGCGACUGGCUAUCCAGCGAAGCCAUGAAACCUUGAAAACUGCUUCACCACAUGGAGUGCAAGCACCCUGCAUUAAAAGAUAAGCCUUUGGAGUUUUGCAAAAGAAAAAAACGUGAACAUGAGGAACAGAAGCAAUUAUUGAAGGCCACCAGUUCAUCAUAUGUGUCUGUACUGAGAGCAUCACUCUUGGUGGCUAACCACAUUGCUAAAGCUAAGAAGCCCUUUACUAUUGGUGAAGAAUUGAUCCUGCCUGCUGCUAAGGACAUGUGUUGUGAACUUUUAGGAGAGGCUGCAGUUCAAAAGGUGGCACCUGUUCCUCUUUCGGCUAACGCCAUAACUAGAUGAAUUGAUGAAAUAGCAGAAGAUAUUGAGGCACAGUUGUUAGGAUUAAUGAGUCACCGUGGUACACAACCCAGGUUGACCGAUGUUGACAACAAGGCAACAAUGCUUGUUUUUGUGCGAUAUAUUUUUCAGGAGGAUAUGCAUGAGGAUAUGUUAAGUGCACUUUUGUUGCCAACCAACACCGCAGCUGCAGAACUAUUGAAUGAUUACAUAUCAGGGAAACUGAAUUGGUCAUUUUAUGUUGCUGUAUGCAGACGGAACAGCUGCCAUGACUGGACAGCUUUCUGGUUUCACUACUCAGGUCAAAGAGGUCACUUCUGAAUGUGAGUGUACACACUGUGUCAUCCAUAGAGAAAUGCUAGCUAGCCAAAAAAUGUCACCUGAACGUAAUAUUUCACAGGAUGUGAUUAAAAUUAUCAGCCACAUUAAGGUACAUGCCCUUAACUCAUGUCUGUUCCUGCAGCUCUGUGAGGAGACGGACACAGAGCACACGUCUUCUCUUAUACAUGGAGGUGAGAUGGCUUUCUAAAGGUAGAUCACUGGCCAGAGUUUUUGAAUUACGAGAGCCACUCCAGAGAUUUCUUUUAGAAAAGCAGUCACUACUGGCAGCACAUUUCAGUGACAAGGAAUGGGUCUCAAAACUUGCUUACUUGUGUGACAUAUUCAUCCUGCCCAGUGAACUCAUUCUGUCACUUCAGGGGAGAACAGCUGUGUUAAAGUCGGCAAAGUGGCUGCAUUCAAAGCCAAGCUAGAAUUAUGGGGGCAACGAGUGAACACGGAUUUUUGACAUGUUUCAAACAUUAGCAGAGGUUUUGAAAGAGACUGAGCCAGGGCCUUCUUUCUCCCAGCUGGUACACAGUCACCUAUCUCAGCUUUCAAAAGACCCAACCACAAAAGACCCCCAAGCUGGAAAGGAAUGGAUCUGCGACCCAUUUGUACAUAAGCUAGGCGAAUUGACUUUGUCCGUGCUAGAAGAGGAUCAACUGCUUGAGAUCGCGAAUGACAGUGGCCUUAAAACUAUGUUUAAGACACAAAAGCACUGAAAAGUCUGCUUUCAUUUCCAACAUCCUAUCUUUGUGAGGCAGGGUUUUCUGCAGUGACAGCAACCAAAAUGAAAUUAUGACGUAGACUGGACAUAAGCAACACACUUUGGGUGUUACUGUCUCCCAUCACCCCCAGAUGGGACCAUCUAGUUGCAGGAAAACAAGCUCAGGGCUCCCACUGAUUCUGCAUUAUGGUGAGUUGUAUAAUUAUUUCAUUAUAUAUUACAGUGUAGUAAUAAUAGAAAUAAAGUGUACAAUAAACGUGAUGUGCUUGAAUCAUCCUGAAACCA